UCAUGGAUCAGAUGAUCAAGGCCGUAAAACCAGCCAAUGAGUGGAAGGUGCUGGUUAUUGACGACCACACCACACGCAUCAUCUCAUCGGCUGUGCGCAUGUACGACAUCACCGACAACGGAGUCACAGUGGUGGAACAGUUGUCGAAGGUACGCCAGCCUCUGCGACACUACGAGGCCAUAUACUUUGUAAAGCCAUGUGCUGAAUCCUUCAAGAAGAUCGAAAUGGAUUUCCAAAACAACUUCAAGUACGCGGCCAUCCAUCUCUUCACAUCGAGCGCGUGUCCGGAUGAUCUAUUCAAAAGCAUUGCAAAGAGUAAUGCGGCAAAAUACAUCAAGACAUUCAGUGAACUCAACAUUGACUUCCUGGCGAAUGAGAAACAACACAGUUGUAGCUCACUUAGCGCUAUCACUUUAUUACGUUUUCGCCCUCAACACAUCGCUUUGAAACUACGCUUCACACAUCCCUGGGCAAACCCCUAA